AUGUCAAGGCCACUGAAAGUAUUAAUAAUAGGUGAUGGAGAUGCAGGGAAGACUUCUUUACGUUCACGCUAUUUGACCGAUCAAUUCAAACCUGCUUAUCGUGCAACAAUCGGAGCGGAUUUUGUAUCAAAAACGAUUGAAGUUUCAGUAAAGGUAACACUUUCAAUAUGGGAUACAGCAGGACAAGAACGAUUCAGAAGUUUAGGAACGGCUUUUUAUCGAGGUGCUGAUGCUGUGAUUAUCGCAUUCGAUAUUACCAACAAAGGUGCUUUGGCGCGUACUUUAUCAUGGUAUCGAGACUUUUGUUCAAUGGGUGAUUUGAGUGAUGAAUCGGACUUU